CCUUCCUGGGCGGGAACGGGCCGAGGCUAGGUUAUAGGACGGGCGAUCGUUGUGCGGGGUGUAGCGCCAUGAAACGACUUGUGCUGUUGGGGUUCCUCGGCGUGGUGCUGCUGGGCUGCUGGGAGCCUGGUGACGCUGUAAGAUGCUUUGAUAAGCAGUAUGAACACAAGGGCAGGUGCUGCAACCGGUGUCAGCCAGGGCAAAAGCUGGUCUCUGAAUGCAAUGGCACAGAAGAAUCCGUCUGCACCCACUGUGAAAGUGGACACUAUCAGCAGGGCUGGACUAGGGAGAGGCACUGUACCCCCCAUGAUACCUGUGAAGACAACACUGGUCUUAUCGUGAAGACACAAGGAAAUGCAACACACAACACAGUGUGUCAGUGCCGGACUGGCAUGCACUGCUCGGACACCAGCUGCCAGACCUGCGUGGAGAACCAGCCCUGCCAGCUUGGCUUUGGCUUUGUGGCAGCCAAGGCUGUGGUCCGGAUGUCAUCCCCCUGCGAGCCCUGUGCAGAAGGCACCUUCUCCAAUGUCUCUUCCAAAACAGAGCCAUGCUAUCCCUGGACAAGCUGUGAGAAAAUGGGGCUGGUGGUGAAGGCAAAAGGGACAAACACUUCGGAUGUGAUCUGUGCAGAGUCGGGCAGGCGCUCCUCACUGUCAGUGCUGAUCCCCAUCACUGCCGUGAUUGUCACAUGCAUCGUGGGCAUCUGCAUCUACUGCCUAGUCCACAGAGAUCCCAGGAGACAGAUGCAGAAGCAGAUAGAGGAUGGGAGGCCCAGAGAGACCCUGGAGGAUCGGCAGCCCAUGGAGGACGGGGAGGAUGUCUUCCCUGUGCAGGAGACCCUGCUCGGGGGCCAGCCCGUGGCCCAGGAGGAUGGCAAGGAGAGCCGCAUCUCGGAGCAGGAGAGGCUGUGAGGGUGCAGGGCAUUGACUCUUGACAGGAGCAUGGACCAUGUCUGUCCCCUCUCCAGCUGGGGAGGAAGUCUAGCAGCUGGCCUGGCUGCAAAUGAUGUGAUGCCGAGUGUACCAUGGCACAACCACCCCAAUGGGAAUACCACAGCAGCACCUGGUCUGGCUGCCUGCACGGGGCUGCCAUGGCAGAGCAAAGCUCAGCUGCCUGCGUGGGGAUGCAAGAACAGAGCUUGGUCCCACCGCCCACCCGGGGUGCCGCAGCAGAGCUGAGCGUGGCUGAUUAUGUACUGGCCACCCUGGCAGAGCCUGCUGCAGCCACCAGGCCGGGGCUGCCGUGGUGGAGCAGAGCACAGCUUCUCACCUGGAGAGCCCGUGGCAGAGAUCUGCCUGACCACCGGGGAUGCCACAGUGGAGAGCGCUCGCUGCUGGUGUGGGACCACCCUGGCCGAGCACCUUUCAGCCACCCGUGCAGGAAAGCUACAGUGCUCAGCUGGGACCCCUGCACAAGGGCCCUGCGCUGGGGCUGGCUGCGGCGGGUGCUGGUGCUGUGGCAUCCCGGGGCAGGGCAGCAGCCCCGUGUCGCCCUGGCACAGGUGGGCUCCGUGGGGACAAAUAAAGGCAGGACACGCUGCCCCGGCA